AUGCUCGGGCACAGCCGCAACGGGCAGGCCCACGUGCCGCGGCGGAAACGCCGCAACCGCUUUGUGAAGAAGAACGGCCAAUGCAACGUCUACUUCGCCAACCUCAGCAACAAGUCGCAGCGCUACAUGGCGGAUAUCUUCACCACCUGCGUGGACACACGCUGGCGCUACAUGCUCAUGAUCUUUUCUGCGGCCUUCCUCGUCUCCUGGCUCUUUUUUGGCCUCCUUUUCUGGUGCAUCGCCUUCUUCCAUGGUGACCUGGAGGCCAGCCCAGUGGUGGCCACGGCAGGGACCCCCGUGGGCAGCAGUGGGGCAGCUCCGGUGACCCCCAAGCCGUGUAUCAUGCACGUGAACGGCUUCCUGGGCGCCUUCCUAUUCUCGGUGGAGACCCAGACGACCAUUGGCUACGGGUUCCGGUGCGUGACGGAGGAGUGCCCCCUGGCGGUCAUUGCCGUGGUGGUCCAGUCCAUCGUGGGCUGCGUCAUUGACUCCUUCAUGAUUGGCACCAUCAUGGCCAAGAUGGCGAGGCCCAAGAAGCGGGCGCAGACACUGCUGUUCAGCCACCACGCGGUCAUCUCGGUGCGCGAUGGCAAGCUCUGCUUGAUGUGGCGCGUGGGCAACCUGCGCAAGAGCCACAUCGUGGAGGCCCACGUACGGGCCCAGCUCAUCAAGCCCUACAUGACCCAGGAGGGCGAGUACCUGCCGCUGGACCAGCGAGACCUCAAUGUGGGCUACGACAUCGGCCUGGACCGCAUCUUUCUGGUGUCGCCCAUCAUCAUCGUCCAUGAGAUUGACGAGGACAGCCCGCUGUACAGCAUGGGCAAGGAGGAGCUGGAGUCCGAGGACUUUGAGAUCGUGGUCAUCCUCGAGGGCAUGGUGGAGGCCACCGCCAUGACCACCCAGGCCCGCAGCUCCUACCUGGCCAGCGAGAUCCUGUGGGGCCACCGCUUUGAGCCUGUGGUCUUCGAGGAGAAGAGCCACUACAAGGUGGACUACUCCCGCUUCCACAAGACCUACGAGGUGGCCGGCACACCCUGCUGCUCUGCCCGGGAACUGCAGGAGAGCAAGAUCACCGUGCUGCCCGCGCCCCCGCCCCCGCCCAGUGCCUUCUGCUAUGAGAACGAGCUGGCCCUCAUGAGCCAGGAGGAGGAGGAGCUGGAGGAGGAGGCGGCGGCCGCGGCGGCGGUGGCCGCGGGCCUGGGCCUGGAGGCAGGCUCCAAGGAGGAGGCGGGCAUCAUCCGAAUGUUAGAGUUUGGCAGCCACCUGGAUCUGGAGCGCAUGCAAGCCACGCUCCCCCUGGACAACGUGUCCUACCGCAGGGAGUCGGCCAUCUGA